AUGGCUCAUCUCGCGGGCGACAUCGCCCGCGUAGGACCCAACGACUUCAUUACAUCCGACCCAGAUCUAAUGAAACACAUGCUCAAUGUGCGCACACGAUACAAAGGCUCCAACUGGUACGACGCCAUGCACCUGGAUCCAACAAAACACAACGUUCUGUACCAGCGCAACGAUGAUCUGCACGCCAUCACUCGUUCGAAAAUGGCAGCAGCCUAUUCCGGCAAGGAAGUCGAUAACAUCGAGACAACAGUAGAUGAGAACGUCGAACGGUUGCUCGAAUUGCUUGAUUAUGAAUACAUAUCCGAAGAUAUACCUUUUGACUUUGGGUACAAGGCCCAGUAUUUCACUCUCGACGUCAUUUCUGCGCUGGGAUUUGGUGAGGCGUUUGGUGACUUGGAGACCGACUCCAAUGUGAAUGGUUACAUCACUGCGACGAAAGAGAGUAUGCUGACAAUCAUCACUACCACUGUGAUGCCUUGGUUGAUCAAACUGUUGCAGCUUCCCAUUUUCAAAAGCAUUCUGCCGUCGGAGAUGGACAAAGCUGGUGUGGGUAGAGUUAUGGUGAUUGCGAAGAAGGUUGCAGCCGAACGCUUUGGUCCAAAUCCCAAGUUUCAGAGAGGCAUGAUUGGCUCUCUAGCGGGUGCUGAUACCACGGCCACUGCCAUCCGGGCAAACCUACUCUACAUCACAUCCAACCCUCGCGUAGUUCACGCAAUGAGAGCAGAGAUCGACAACGCUAAAUCAAGUCAUCCAAUCGUCACCGACGCUGAAGCACGAGCAAUGCCAUACCUCUAA